UCAGCCAGAGCCACAAAGGCGUCUUCUACCCGAAGUGGUUUUACUCUAACGACAGUGCUUCUGUAUUGUGAAUCGAUUGGAUGCGAGCAUGAAACUCAAUUUGGUGCAGACACUAGUCUUCACUUUGUGCCUCAUAAGUGUGCAAAUCAAUGGCAUCCAAGAUGCCAGUGGCAAGCGGAUCGUGAGCAAGUAUGAGCGGAUCAUGCAGAUGUAUCCCCAGCUGUCCUCGGGCGCAGGCGAGUCCUCGCAGUGGCGGGUGGGGGAAAAGGACAACAUGAGGCAUCCUUGCAAGCGCGACUGCGCCGAUAAGCAGCCGAUGACCUGCUACUACUACAUGGUGGUCCACUACGACGACACGAUGGCGGAGACCUGCAAGCGGUACCUCCAGUCGAAGUUCCGCUUCAAGCUGAACGGGCGGGAGUACAUCGACGGCGUCCGGCUGGCGGAGCAGCUGGCGGCGAACGACGACUGCAAGUACGCCGACGGACUGGAGAGCGAGGUGAUGGUGGUGAACGGCCAGCUGCCGGGGAUGAGCAUCGAGGUGUGCCACGGGGACACCGUGGUGGCCGACGUGAUCAACAGCAUGCACGAGACGACGACCAUCCACUGGCACGGGAUGCACCAGCGACUGACGCCCUUCAUGGACGGCGUGCCGCACGUCACCCAAUAUCCGAUCGAGGCCGGCCAGGCCUUCCGCUACCGCUUCGAGGUGGACCACGGUGGCACCAACUGGUGGCACAGCCACACGGAGCACCAGCGCGCCUUCGGACUCGCCGGCCCCCUGGUGGUGCGCAUGCCCCCCCGGCUCAAUCCGCACGCCCACCUCUACGACUUCGACCUCUCCGAGCACGUGAUCAUGAUCCAGGACUGGGUGCACAACUUCGUCGAGAGCGUCGCCGAGAACAUCCUCAUCAACGGCCGGGGCCGCAACCUCAAGAAGGGCGUCAAGGCCGCCCGCCCCACCCUCUACGCCCACUUCCCGGUGGUCAGGGGUGGCCGCUACCGCUUCCGGGUGAUCUUCAAUGGCGUAUCGAACUGCCCGGUGAGCCUGAGCAUCGACAAGCACGACCUGGUGGUGAUCGCCAGCGACGGGAACGACAUCGAGCCGGUGGAGGUGCAGCGGAUCAUGCUGCACGGCGCGGAGCGGUUCGACUUUGUGCUGCACGCCAACCAGGAGGUGGCCAACUACUGGCUGCGCGUGAAGGGCUUCAGCUUCUGCGCCCGCAACCAGCUGCACCAGGAGGCGGUGCUCCACUACCGGGACGCCGACCCGCAGGCGCUCGAUCCGCACACCCUGAGCUACGCCUACGAUGCGCCCGGCAAGACGCUCAACGAGUUGGGAGACGCCGCCAGUGGUGCAGCGGCGGCGGGGAGCAUCUCGCUGGCCAGCUUGAGUGCCCAGCGAGCGGAGCCGGAGGUGCCGCCGACCACCACCUUCUACACGAGCAUGAACGCGUUCGAGGUGCGCCAGGGCGAGGGAUUCCGCUUCCAGAUGGACGACAUCAGCUUCAGCAUGCCGCGCAUGUCGCUGCUGCAGACGCGCAACCUCGGCGUUGGCCAGUUCUUCUGCAACCGGACGCAGCAGGCGGCGCUGGGCUUCAACUGCCGCCAGCGGCACUGCCAGUGCUCCAACGUCAUCCAGGUGCCGGCCAACCAGCAGGUGGAGUUCGUCGUCUCCAGCCUCUCGCAGACCCCGCACCCGGUCCACCUGCACGGCUACACGUUCCGCGUGGUCGGGAUGGGUGUCCUGGGCGAGGAGAGGAUCGCCCAGAUCGAGCAGAUCGACCGCAAGACGCCGCUGCCGAGGCGCGCCAAGGGUGCUCCGCUGAAGGACUCCGUGCAGGUGCCCGCCUUCGGCUACACGAUCCUGCGCUUCUUCUCCAACAGCCCCGGCUACUGGAUGUUCCACUGCCACAUCUCGCCGCACUCCGAGAGCGGAAUGGCCGCCGUGGUGCGGGUCGGCGAGGACGUCGAGAUGCGGAUGUGUCCGGUCAGCAACUGCGGCCUCUGCAGCUCGGUGGCCUGAUCCCUGGUGGGAUCCCAGUCCCUUUAAGCUGGCAGCUGACGUGGAUUGAUGUUGCGGGAGAAGAGGAGGAGCCUUGCCGGGAUUCCCCGCCCUCUUGGAAGCUUACAUUUGUAUUGGUUUUUUUUCUGUAUCUAUUAAAAGUGCUUUCUAAAUAUAAGACUUGGAAAAAUGUUAACACUCCCACUGAACUUUGCUUAAGUGGCAGUUCAAGUAUCGCGUAACGCAA